CUCCAAUCAAGAAACAAAAGAACUUGUAGAUAGAGAGAGAACAAAGAGCUUAGAGAUAGAUAGGUCCCUACUAACAAUACUCGAUGAAGAAACAUUCUUCAGGAUCAUCCUCAAAGAUUGCAUCAGCAGUUCUUCCUUAUCAAACCCCAAGACUCCGAGAUCAUUACAAUUUGGGGAGAAAAUUAGGCCAAGGCCAAUUCGGGACGACUUAUCAUUGCACAGAGAAGGCCACAGGCAUUGAAUAUGCAUGUAAAUCGAUCCCAAAACGCAAGCUUUUGUGCAGGGAGGAUUACGAUGAUGUUUGGAGGGAAAUUCAGAUAAUGCACCAUUUGUCGGAGCAUCCUCACGUUGUGAGGAUUAAAGGGACUUAUGAAGACAAUGUGUUUGUUCAUCUGGUUAUGGAAUUGUGUGCUGGCGGCGAGCUUUUCGAUAGGAUUGUUCAGAAAGGUCAUUACAGCGAGAAAAAAGCAGCUCACCUUAUGAAAACCAUUGUUGGGGUGGUCGAGGCUUGUCAUUCUCUUGGUGUAAUGCAUAGGGAUCUUAAGCCGGAAAAUUUCCUUUUCGAUACUCCUGAUGAGGAUGCAAAGCUUAAGGCCACCGAUUUUGGGUUAUCGGUUUUCUUCAAACCUGGACAAUAUCUUUCUGAUGUAGUUGGAAGUCCCUACUAUGUCGCGCCUGAAGUGUUGCAUAAAUAUUACGGCCAUGAAAGUGAUGUGUGGAGCGCAGGCGUUAUCCUCUACAUAUUAUUAUGUGGAGUUCCACCAUUUUGGGCUGAGACAGAUAAUGGUAUCUUCAGACAGAUUCUGAAAGGAAAAAUAGAUUUCGAAUCUGAGCCAUGGCCAAACAUCUCAGAUAGUGCAAAAGAUCUUAUAGGAAAAAUGCUCGAUAGAGACCCUAGAAGACGAAUAUCUGCUCAUGAAGUCCUAUGUCACCCUUGGAUUGUGGAUGAUACAGUUGCCCCGGACAAACCUUUGGGAUCUGCAGUUCUCUCACGCCUAAAACAGUUCUGCGCCAUGAACAAACUUAAAAAGAUGGCACUGCGCUCGCUCUCUCUAGGCAGUUCAAGAACACACAAAAAAGUUGAACUUGUGGUUAGUAUUUUUCUUAUUCCUGUGCUUUUGGAUGUAAAUUUGUAUUCAUGCAUAGGUCAAGUCGAGUCCCCUCCUGAACCGGAGUGGGCUUUAAUGGAAAAAGAAACUUGUCAUCUUCAAACCCUUGUUCCAGAUCUUAUUGAUCAGAUUAAAACUGCAACCGGAUCGAAGUAUAGAUUUGGGAAUUGUACGUUCUGGUUCAGAAAUGGUGUGAUGAAGGGUGCAGCUGAAUGCAAUCAAUGA